AUGGUGAGAGAGGAAGUAAAAUGUUCAAUUCAAAAUGUUGGAUCAUCCGAGACUAAAUACUUUUAUUUGGCUUUCCCUAAGACAUUAUCAAUGAAUAAUGUUGCCUAUGUUUCUGCCCGCCAACAAUCCAAUACUUUGAAUGUUCUGAAGCACAAAUUUGAUGAUGAAUUGAACAAAGACGCAUCUUUCUUUGAAAUUGAACUCGCUUCGCCUUUGGGAGCCAAUCAAAAGGCUGAUUUAGUCAUUAGCAUUGUCUAUGUCGGUGUGGUUCGUCCUUAUCCAAAGGAAAUUACACAAACCGAGCACCAAAAAGUUGUUUAUGAGAGCAAUGCCUACUUUUUCUCUCCUUACAAGGUGAGACAUCAAGUUACCACCGUCAAAGUCGGAACAUCAUCCAUUGAUUCUUAUUCUACCAAAGUUAAGCCAGUUGAAAACAAGGGAACUGGUAUACAAUACGGACCAUAUCGUGAUGUUACUCCAUUCUCUGUGGAUGAAAUGAGAGUUCACUACACCAAUGAUCGACCAUUCUUUAUUGUUGAAUCUGUGGAUAGAACAGUCGAAAUUUCUCAUUGGGGUAACUUGGCUAUAGAAGAACAUUAUGAAAUCAAACAUGGUGGAGCUAAAUUAAUUGGUCCAUUCUCAAGAUAUGAAUAUGCAAAGAACCCACCUCAAACAUCACCAUCAUCAUUUAGAAAGAUUACAGCCACUUUACCACUUACUGCCACCGACAUUUACUUUAGAGACAGAAUUGGAAAUAUUUCUUCAUCUGAUAUUCGUGUGGUUGGAAAGAACCUUGAGGUUGAUUUUUAUCCAAGAUUCCCACUUUUUGGUGGAUGGAGAAUUCGUUUUUAUAUUGGCUACAAUUUGCCAAUCAGUGAUUACCUCACUACAGCUCUUAACAACCCUGAAAAGCACAAAUUGAGAUACAAAUUCUCAGUGCCUUUUGACGCUCCAGUUGAGGAUCUCACUCUUCGUGUCAUUGUUCCAGAAGGUUCCUCUGAUAUUGAAUUCCGUACAUCUUUCCCAAUUGACAGUGAACAUAGAGAAAAUUUAAAGACAUACCUUGAUGUUGGAGGAAGGACUGUGGUAGUUAUUAAGAAGAAGAAUGUUGUUCCAGAGCACAAUGAAAAUUUCCUCUUGUCUUAUACAUUCCCAGCUACUGCCGUCUAUUUUGAACCACUCUUGGUAAUUGGUUCACUUUUUGGUUUCUGCAUGUUUGUGAUUAUUUAUGUUAGAUUGGACUUUUCCAUUCAAAAGUCUGAGGAAGAGCUUGAAAAAGAGCGUGAAACCAUGUCAUACGAAUUAGUUGAGACAUACAUUGAAAAAUUCUUUGAAAGAGACUCGUGGUUUACAGAUUUAGAACAGUCCUUGGAUCGUAACAACAUUGAGAAUGUUGAAAAGAAGAGACUGGCUAUGGCAGAUAACAUCAAGAAUGAAAUCAUUGCCGAGUUGUCAAAACUCCAAUCAAAGACUGUUUCUACAAUUAGUGAAAUUGAAAAGAAAGAUCAAAAGAAGUUCGAAUACUUGAAGGACAUUGUUAAUGCCAAGUCUGAAAAGGAAAAGGACGAAACACACAACAAGUAUUCUGUUGUUUCAGAGGAAAUCUAUUCCCUAGUUGAUUUAUUACGAGAAUAA